AUGAGGCGUAUUAUCGGAGGACAAGCUCUAUUGACCUCCGGUCAAUACCUAUCGAUCUCUGGUCAAUACCUAUCGAUCUCUGGUCAAUACCUAUCGAUUUCUGGUCAAUACCUAUUGACCUCUGGUCAAUAUCUAUUGACUUCCGGUCCAUACCCAUUGACCUCUGGUCAAUACCCAUUGACUUCCGGUCCAUACCCAUUGACCUCUGGUCAAUACCCAUUGACCUAUGGUCAACCCCUAUUGACCUAUGGUCAACACCUAUUGACCUCGGGUCAACACCUACUGACCUCGGGUCAACACCUAUUGACCUCGGGUCAACACCUAUUGACCUCGGGUCAACACCUAUUGACCUCGGGUCAACACCUAUUGACCUCGGGUAAACACCUAUUGACCUCGGGUCAAUACCUAUUGACAUCGGGUCAAUACCUAUUGACCUCGGGUCAAUACCUUUUGACCUCGGGUCAAUACCUAUUGACCUCGGGUGAAAACCUAUUGACCUCGGGUGAAAACCUAUUGACCUCGGGUCAAUACCUAUUGUCCUCGGGUCAGUACCCAUUGACCUCUGGUCAAGCCCUAUUGACCUCUGGUCAACCCCUGUUAUAUCUAUUGACCUCUGGUCAAGCCCUAUUUAAAUCUGAUCAUAACUUAUAG